GUUGUGGUCCCAGGCGCGCUGCUCUCGAACGUUGCUGAGCUUCUGCUGUCGCAGUGAAUUCCGGGCCGCGACGGAGCCUGCGCGGUGGGGCCCAGCCGGCGCCAUUUUGAAAGAGGUGGCGUUUCCCUUUCAAACCAGUGGGCGGGAGGAGGCGGAGAGUCCGCGGGUUACUGAGGUGGCUCGGUGUCGUCGUCGGAAAGUAGGCUUCUCUCGUGACGUGAGAGGAAAGUGAGUGAGACUUACAAGCACGCGUGUUGCCCGGCUGCGGAUUCGCACGUAAGAGUGGGAGAAACGUGUGACAGUUACAGACGCGUGUUGCCCGGCGUCUUAUUCAGACAACCAUGUCUAGCAGUUCCAGGAGACCAUUUGGUGAAAAGUAAUGGCUUGCUUGAUUAAAAAAGGCAAUAUCUACUCCCCGGAAUCAACUGUGUCUUCUCUUCUGGCAGAUUGUAGCCUUAGCAAUAGCAGUGGCUCAUUGAACUCCCACAGUUCAAUCCAGUACAAGCACAAGCUUUAUAGGUCUGCAUCUCAAGCUCUGGAGGCCUAUAUUGAGGAUUUUGAUCUCAGCCUUGCGUCAUCAGAAGUAAGACCUGGAAAAAUCUGCAUUACCCAGAGCACUCCUAAAAACCUGAGGUCCUCAAAGGACAGUUUCAAGCACAAGUAUGCUUUGGAGAACUUUAAGCAGCAAGCUGCAUUAGGUUCGGUUGCACCAUAUCUGAGGAGAAAAGCUGCUUAUGAUCCAGAUAUGCUUAGUCUCACUACAGAUGACCUUCUAACGUACCCUGCAGAUGGUUCUGUAUCUUUUAUCCAUGCUGCUGCCUUCAGAUCAGUGCCCAAGGGUAUCAACCUGAACAGGAAGUCAUUGAUAUCGUCUGCUUCCUGUGCUCAUCAGACUUCAUCCUUUGGCAAUAAAGAAGAGUUGAAUUUUCCCAAAUAUCCUGCUGUUUCCCCUUCAUACAAACAAUCUAGCAGAAAUGUGCACGCACAGCAGAGAUUUCACAAACACCACUCUAGGCAUUCUUUGAAGAAUCAGCUUAUUGAAGAAGAUGAUUCUGAGUCUGUUUUUCAUAAGAACUAUCCAAGGUGGCUUACAAGCCAGAAAUCUGACUUAAGCGUUUCGGGGAUAAGUAGCAUUCCCGACUUUGAGUAUCCAAUCUGGCUGAAGAGUCAUAAUCUCUUGCCGGAUUCAAGCAAUGAAAGUUCUACCUGGACACCCGAUGCAGAGAACAAUCACACAUUUUUGCAAAAUAGCAAGACAUUGAUAAGUAGUCAAAAUGUGGACAGAACAAACAACCCUGGAUGUUUUGGACAUAAUGGUUUUUUGUGUCUACAAAAUGAGCACGAAGUUCAAAGAAAUAGCCAAAAUAGCCAAGGCUUAGGAGAGCAGAAGUAUCCACUUACAGAUGAUGAUACUGAGUUAUUACUUCAGAAGGUGAAGAGAAAUCUGGAAUCUUCUGCUGAUGAAUUAACCAAUGUCCUGAAAAAUGAUGGCAGUCCUUGUACAGUGGACAUACUAGAAGCUGAAAGGUCAUGGGAUAAUGUUCCUUUUGGUUUGAAAUCUCCAGUGCCCGUGUAUUGUGAGGAGGAGACCUGUCUGCAAAACCCCAAAGCCAGCAUUGUUAAUGAAUUUUUGGAAGACUGUUUAAAAAAUGACAGGCAGGAGAAUACAUUUUCUGGAGGGAAUCACCAUGGCCCUGUGGAAACUUUGAAGUUAAUGCUGUUUAAUCUUCAAGCAGUUCAGCGCAGCUUUAACGUGAACAAAACAGCUGGACAAAAAGAGGAAUUUAAAAAAAUUUCAGAUGAAGAUGUGGAAUUUAAACUGUGUGAUCGUGAUAUAAUUCCUGUAAGAAAGUCCCUUCAGAGGGCUUUACAUCAUUUAUCUCGACUUAAAGGUCUGGUUGAAGAUACAGGUGGCAAUGAAGAACCAAAAGAAUCUAUCAAGACAUGAAGCAAAGAUUGUCAAAAAUUUGUGCACUGAGUGAAUGAAGCGUCACAACUGACAGUGGGUGUAGUGGGGGAAAUUCCUAGGGCAGUCUGCUAAUCAUGACCUGGACACUCUUGGGAAUCUUUUUUAAGGAGCCACAGUAUUUCUAAAACUUUGUUAGAGCAACAAUAAAUAAAUCCCAAACUAGUGUGCAUACAUAGCACUUCAGCUCAACUGAUUGGUCUGAUUGGAUGUUCCCACCAAAAACAUUUUAACUUUUCAAAAACUCUGGACAGGCUCCAAAGAGCUGCACAGGCACAUAGGAAGAAAGGCCUUGUGGUACCAGUGGAAUCUUGGGCUUCUCCACACCCUUGAGCAGCUGACAUCUCCCAUUCCAAGCCACACACAGCUCUUUCAAGUUCCCUCCAUAGCAUGCAGCAUGAGUGGCUGCUGGUCAAGAAAAGCCAAGUCUAAAGCCCUGCUUGGGUUCGCUAGUUUCACCAUUCUUAACGCUCCUGGCAACAGAGGCCAGAAUCCAAAGAACAAGUAAUACACCAAAGUUAAUAGGAGGUAGAUUUGGGAAAUCCAGAUUAUGAUGCAAGAGUGUCGGAACAAUCUUAUUGCAGAAGUUACUUUUUGUGAGUCAAUCUGAUAUGAUUAAACGGGUGAUUAGUCCGUCAGGGCUAGAAACCCUAAUCUAAUUCUCUCAGUAUACAGGAUGUGUCCCCUUCACUUCUAAUCACACUUGGCAUUGUAAGAUUAGUUUGCAGCAAAGCAAAAAUAUACUAGAUAUGUAUAGGAUUAUACAUCCUAGGAAACCUUGAGAGUCAGGCUAUGGUGUCUGCUGCUCGCUGCCUGGAGGCACCUUGCUAUAUAGUUUGGAGUUUUCAUAUAAAUGCAGGUUCCAAACCACAUUCUCGAGAACAAGUGCAGUUGAAAAUACUAAGGGCUGUCCAAAGACGCCCAAAUGAAAUGAGCUAAAUAUUCUAAAAGUGCCUUAUUCUGGAUAGAGUGUUCUUCAGGUUGGAGUAUUGAUGGCUGAGUAGUUGCUCUAAAAUUGCUGUGAUACUUUUUUAAAAAAAAGAAAUUUGUGCUACUGGUGCUGGGCACUUAGCUAUAUUUUCAGUUAAUGUGCGCAACAUCCCUAAUCCUUUGUCUUGAAUAAAAAUGUCAAGCCUGUCUUUCAGCACAAGCCUAA